UUCGACUCGGACUUCGCAUAUCCGCCGGCUCACCUAGUCAUUUGGUGCGAGCACUCGGCCGCGGACGUGUUCAGGCCUCACUCUGCCUCGUGUUCAGCGAAACAGGUUCGAGAUUCGCGGGACAUUCCUUUUUCGAUAACAGCGUGAACCAGGAUGAAGGACAUUCGCGCGCAGUUUCAGAAAAAUGGUUAUGUCAUUUUGGAAGAUUUCUUUCAACCAGAGGAGAUUGAAGAAUUAAAAGCUUGCGGAGAAGAAUUCACGAAUAAAUUGCCACCUGAAUCGGAACGAAAAAUAUUCAAUACGAUACAGUUACAACAGAAUAAAGAUAAAUAUUUUCUGGAUAGCGCUAAUAAAAUAAGUGUUUUUUUCGAAACUGAAGCUCUAGAAGAGGAUGGGAAAUUGAAGGUUCAUCCAAGAGUGUCGUUAAACAAAGUAGGUCAUGCUCUUCAUUGGUUACAUCCUACCUUCAAAAAGUAUACGUUUGAUGAGAGAGUCAAAGAGGUUGCUUUCCAAUUAGAAUAUCAGGAACCAGUGGUAUGUCAAUCAAUGUACAUUUACAAAAAUCCCGGAAUAGGCUCGGAAGUUACGAUGCAUCAGGACGCAUCAUAUCUAUAUGUCGAACCGAUGAAACUCGUAGGUUUCUGGAUCGCAUUGGAGGAUGCUACAUUGGAGAACGGAUGUCUAUGGAUUGCCCCGGGUUCACAUCAAAGCGGAGUGCAUAGGCGUUAUAUAAGAAACAAAGAUCCAAAUUCUCAGGAACUAUUAAUUUAUGACAGAGCCGCACCCUGCUAUCCAUUAAGUAAUUUCAGAGCAGUACCAGUAUGCAAAGGAACUUGUAUUCUUAUUCACGGCCAGGUGGUUCAUUUUUCUUAUCCAAACAAAAGCGAAACAUCGAGACAUGCUUAUACUUUUCACGUGAUUGACACGAAACAUGUGUCUUAUUCGAAAGAAAAUUGGCUUCAACCACCUCCUGAAGGUUUUGCAAAUCUUUAUAAAAAUUAGAUGUAUCCACAUUAAGUAUUAUCUACAAUGUCAAUUUUUUAUUUCGCAUUUUUUUUAAUAAAACAAAAUCGACAUAUACAACUUAGAAAAAAAUAAACGAAAUAAUUUUUUACAGUUUACAUAUCUAAAAUAGAAUAUCAAUGGCACCAAUGAAAGAUGCAAAAUUAAAAUUUCAGAUAUAUUUAUAUUAAUAAAUUUAUAUCAAUACGUGAUGUAUAAAAACUGCGUGACAAUUUUUCUUUCUGAAAUGAUAUAGUCAUUAUAUGUGCAAUACAAUCAAAAGCAAUUCUAUAUAAUAUUUUUCCAAAAA